UUAUCGAUAAUUAAGUAUGGAAAUAAACACUUAUGAGAGAUGAAACGAAGGGCAUUUUAAAUAAAUUUUAAUAUAUACCAGUUUAAAAUGUUCUAUGAACACAUUAUUUUGGCCAAGAAAGGUCCUUUGGCCAAGAUAUGGUUAGCAGCACAUUGGGACAAGAAGAUUACAAAAGCUCAUGUGUUUGAAACUAAUAUUGAAAAAUCAGUGGAAGGCAUCUUGCAGCCCAAAGUAAAAUUGGCGCUAAGGACUUCUGGUCAUUUAUUGCUGGGAGUUGUUCGCAUUUACUCAAGAAAAGCAAAGUAUUUACUAGCUGAUUGCAAUGAAGCAUUUGUUAAGAUUAAGAUGGCUUUUCGCCCAGGCAUGGUCGACCUACCAGAAGGGCACAGAGAAGCGAACGUUAAUGCCAUAACACUGCCUGAAGUUUUUCAUGACUUUGAUACGGCGUUGCCUGAAUUAAACGAUAUUGAUAUUGAAGCUCAAUUUUCUAUUAAUCAGUCCAGAGCUGACGAGAUAACAAUGAGAGAAGAUUAUGGAAGCUUGUCGCUAUCCCUACAAGAUGACGGCUUUGGUGAUAUUGGUUUUGAAGCAGAAACACCAGAAAUUAUGCGAGGAUCUAUAGCUUCAAAUAUUAACGAAAAGCUAUUUGGCAGUAACAUUUUGGAUAAUAUUGAGACACUGGAUCAACAAGCAACUACUGACCAUGCAGAUAUAUCUGGGACUCGAUUAGACGGUGAUGGAUUUGGCGAUUCUUUUGGACAACCAGAACUUUUUGAAGAUGACCUUUUUGGCGAACCUGCACAACCAGUUGAGCAGUUAGUUAAAGACCCUACUGCUGUUACCAACGCGGAUGAUUCUGAUGAAGAUGCCAUUGAUGAUUGUAAUAAUGUUCCGUCACCAGCAACAUCAUUUAUAAAUGAUGUUGAGGAAAAAGGUGAAACUAAAUUAUAUGAACACGCCAAUGUGCCUAAUAAUAAUAAGAUAAAUGAAAUAACACACCCCCAAAACGAGGAUGAGGGAUUCGCUCUAGCUCCACUUGAUGCAACCAUUUAUAGGGGCGUAACAAAGGCAAAACGCAAAAGAAAACUUAUAAUUGACGAAAUAAAAAAUAUUUCUGGAGAAGAAAUGAAGGCUCAAUUAGCCGAUACGUCUGAUAUAAUAACAACACUUGAUCUGGCUCCGCCUACAAAAAGAUUAAUGUAUUGGAAAGAAACUGGAGGUGUUGAAAAAUUGUUUUCAUUACCAUCACGAUAUAUACCAGCCAGAUCCUUACUUACUAAUUAUAAUAGACAGUUAUACUCACAUUCAACAUUAAUUGAAGACUUCUCAAGUGUUGCGCCUAUGGAAAUACUUGCAUUGGAAUAUUAUGCAAAAGAAAACGAGAAUGCAUUUAUUAUUUUUAAUAAAAAAGGUCGCAAGCGUAAGAAUGAUAUUUUAAAUAAUCAGUUUUUGGAUCACGUAGCAGAUUCACUUACUCAGAGUUUAGAGGCACCUGAAGUUUUAAGAGAAGACCAAAAAUCUUUAGGGGUAUCUGGCACUUCAUUAGAAAUUGCAAAAGAGCACGAAAGUUGUCAAAAUGAAUCAACCAUAUUCGAUAAUAUGGAAAGCCCAGACCUAUUAUCCUUAAAUGAAAUCGAACAAUUCUCGUCAAUAAACGAUCUGCCAUUAACACCAAGAAAUGCGAUUCAUGAUAUGGGGGAUGACUACAAUCAAGAUGACUCAACGCCAACUGGCCUAGACCACGGACAAACUACUCCGCAGAAUACACAUAUGGGCGAGAUAGAUGAUAUUCCAAUCAUAUCCACUGAUCAAAUUAGCGCCAUAUUUAAUGAAUCUGUGGAGCAACCUUUAUUGAAUGAUAAUGGAGUUUUGAAAAGAGCAAACAACAUUUCAAAAGGAUGGCACAAUCACCAAAACUAUGAAAUUUCCACAUUUGCAACUCAGAAUCAUAGUGACGAACAAAUGGAAAAUGAAACCGAUGAACAAUUUGAAGAACGGGUUUUAAAUAAAAGAGCUGCACAUCUUUUUAUAGAUGUUAGAGCACAUUUUGUCUCUAAAGAUAAUUUGACUCUUUCUCACCUAACAUCAGGAAACUCAAGAAAGCAGGCGGCCCAAAAGUUUUAUUCUCUACUAGUAUUAAAGAAAUUUAAGGUGCUUCACAUUGCUCAAUCUGCUCCAUACGCAGAUAUUUCUAUUACCCGGGGACCCACAUUCGAAAACCCAAAAAUGUAAGCAUGAGGACAGCUUUAAUGUAUAUCUGUCUUAAUGCAUAUCAAUAAUUUAUUUUAAUAUAACUACAUGUUCAAUAAAAAAUGUAUUUUAAUUUAA